AUGCAGAGGGGUUUAUGGCCCAGGACAUACAUAUGCAUCCAGAACACAGCCGGGCCAGCUAAGGAACAGGCUGUGGCUCUCCGGAUCAGCGCCGAUAGAGCGAUCGUAUACCGAUGCCGUAUUGACGCUUUUCAAGAUACACUAUACGCCCACAUCGGGCGACAUUUCUACCGCGAAUGCUACAUUACCGGCACUGUAGAUUUCAUUUGCGGACAAGCAACGGCUGUGUUCCAGAGCUGCGACAUUGAAGCUCGGAAACCACUUGAAGGACAAAGCAACAUGAUUACUGCUCAACAGUGCCAAACACAAAGCAAGGACACAUGGUUUUCCAUCCAUAAGUGCAACAUAAAGGCGGCUCAAGAUCUCAUUCCAGUUAAGGGAACAAUGAAGACAUUUUUAGGACGACCGUGGGGUGACUAUGCAACAGUAGUAUUUAUGAAGUCAGUCAUAGAUGAUCUCAUUGAUCCGGCCGGUUGGGCUCCUUGGGAAGGCAAGGAAGAACGUCUGUCUACUUUGUUCUACGGAGAAUACCAAAACAGCGGCCUGGGGGCGGAUACAAUCAAUAGAAUAAAGUGGAAAGGAUUCAAAGUAAUAACAGAUCCAAAAGAAGCUGAGCAAUUCACAGUGGGUAGACUUCUAAGAGGAGAGUUAUGGCUUAAAUCUAGCGGAGUUCCUUACGAAGAAGGACUUUGA